AUGAGCGAGCGGCGACAACUUCAUCAUAGGUCCGCCUCUGUAAAUGCUCUAAUAGAACGAAAUAGUGAACGUGAUCGUCAAAAAACCGAGAAAAAACAAGCAGAAGAAGAAAAACCUUAUCAAUACUCAGUUGAUAGGCAACACAGAUCUCAUCGGCAUGCACCAGAAACACAAGAUCCUGAUAUGCAAGGCAGAAAGCGCCGCCAUCGCCAUAAUAGAGAAGAAAAUAAUGUAGAACCUAAAUAUUCUAGUCAAAGGCCUGCACCAAUAUCAACAUCAUCACACCACAGAUCACAUUCGUCAUCGUCUCGCUCGAGAGAACACUCUUCAAGACAUUCUUCCCGAGAAAAGGUCGAAAAUUUUCUUUUUACACCAACAUCACCAGCAGAGUCUGCUAGAUCAGCUCAUACAAGACCACCACCAUUACCUCUCGAAUCUUCUGACCAAAUUCGUUAUUCUUCUUCUCAUAGAUCACAAUCUGCUAGAGGAGUCAAGCCAAGUAGGGCAACUCCGGAGUUAGAUCAGUUUGAAUUCAAAAAUAGCGCCGUUUCUCCAAAGGAAGAGCAAAAGCCGAUACAACGCAUCAGAACUCGUACUAGAAAGCGUUCUACUCAAGAAAAACAGCCAGAUCAAGAACUACAACCUCCAAAACAACAGCAGCCAAUACCACAUUUCAAGAGUUUUCGAGAAAUUUUGGCAGAAAAACCAAAAUUUGCGUCACAAGUACAACCAAAGCCUCUUAUUGGCACAGAAUUAGAUAACCAAUUCAAACCUCUCGUUAUUAAACCACUUACGCCUACACCCCAAGUUGAAGAAAAAAAUAAAUUCAAAUUUGACAACAUUCCUGAUGACUACAGAGGCCGUAGAAUUGGGAGAUCAUCUCGAGAUGCACAGUCAAUGACAUAUACAAGCAAUAAAAAUACAAAUCCAAGUCAAAAUUUACAUGAAAAUAAAUCUUACAGUAAAAAUACGGAAAAUGACGAAAAUACAAACAAAGACACAACAUCCGAUAAACAUGUGAAGCUUUCCAACUCUGCGAAACAUCGUAGUGCCUCAGUUCCUAAAAAAAUGCAUUCAUCCAACCAGAAUCUUUGGCUUCCUCCAUCAAUGGAGAAAUUCAAGAACAUCAGUAUCGAUGGGGAAGUCAUAAUACCUCAGAAAGCAGUCCUAGAACAGUCAUCAAGUUCUUCAAUGUUAACUCCAAUUACAGGAUCGAAUAAUAGCGAAGAACCAGUCAAAAUGACAGACGACGACCUGUUUACUGAUAGAGAAUUGAAGAGAGAAGACAUCUCCAAACACAAAUACAAGCCUCCAAAACUAAAAGUUUUCGAUGCUGCUCCUGUUUCUAAGCUAAAUCCGCCUCUUUCUGCAACAGACGCUUCAGUGCAGAAACCAUCUUUGAAGAGAUUCGAACUAACAACACCGCCACAGAUACAAAUAGCUCAAGAUCAAGAACCAAGACCUAGAAGAACAAGAAGAAGAAAACAGCCAACGGAUUGA